GUCACGGUUCUGAAUGCAACCGGGAUGUUUGUGAUGCCGGGCGGCAUCGACCCCCACACGCACCUGGACAUGCCCUUCAUGGGCUCGGUCACCGCUGAUGAUUUCUUCAGCGGUCAGGCUGCAGCACUGGCGGGUGGUACGACAAUGCACAUCGACUUUGCACUGCCCGUAAAUCACGACAUUAUGGCAGGGUACGAGCUAUGGAAGGAAAAGGCCUCCCGCAGCUGCAUGGACUACGGCUUCCACAUGGCCAUCACCCGUUGGGACGAGCAGGUUUCCCGGGACAUGGAGGCUCUAGUUCACGAGGGCAUCAAUUCCUUCAAGUUUUUCAUGGCUUACAAAAAUGUGCUUCAGGUGACAGAUUCGGAGCUGGUGGCAGGUCUUCAGCGAUGUAGGGAGCUGGGCGCCUUGCCCAUGGUCCACGCAGAGAAUGGCGACAUGAUUGCGUGGUUGCAGUCCCGCUUGCUGUCCGAGGGUAUCCGGGGCCCGGAGGGGCAUGCGAUGUCUCGACCCGCCGCUCUGGAGGGGGAGGCAACCGGGAGAGCUGUACGGCUGGCAGGCGUGGUGGGCGUGCCGCUGUAUGUCGUACACGUCAUGAGCAUCGAUGCCAUGGAGGAGAUCGCCCGAGCCCGACGAGCCGGACAGCGUGUUGUCGGGGAGCCGGUGUCCUCGGGUUUGGCUCUUGACGAGAGCCCCAUGUGGGACACCAACUUCACUCGGGCGGCGGCCUUCGUGAUGAGUCCGCCCAUUCGGAGCGCCGAGCACGGGCCCGCGCUGAAAAAGGCUCUGGCCAGUGGUGUACUGCAGUUGGUUGCCACGGACCACGCGGUUUUCAACAGCACCCAAAAGGCCGCCGGCCGCAACGACUUUACCAGAAUUCCCAAUGGUGUCAACGGCAUCGAGGAGCGCAUGCACGUGACGUGGCAAGAGAUGGUUGUUUCAGGCUUGUCCACCCCCUCGGACUUCGUACGCAUGACGAGCACCGCCGCCGCCCAGAUCUAUAACCUGUACCCACGUAAGGGCCGCGUGGCGGCGGGCAGCGAUGCUGACGUCAUCCUCCUGGACCCACGGAUCACUCACACACUGGGCGUCGGUUCCCACCACAGCCGCAUGGAUACCAAUGUGUACGAGGGCAAACAAAUUCAGGGCAAAGUGGUCACCACCAUCAGCCGCGGGCGCCUGGUGUGGCACAACGGACAGCUCCUUGGCGUGAGGCCUGGCACAGGCCGCUUCGUGCCCAUGCCGCCUUUUGGGCCGUUGUUCGAGGUGCGUGAGGCACAGCACCUGUACAGACGUGUGUAG